AUGGGUUACUGCCCGCAGUCUGACGCCAUCUUCGAGCUGCUGACCGGCCGCGAGCACCUGGAGCUGUUCGCGCGCCUGCGCGGCGUUCCGGAGGCCCAGGUCGCCCAGGCUGCCCAAGUGGGCCUGGCGCGCCUGGGGCUCCCCGCAUACGCGGACAGACCCGCAGGUGUCUACAGCGGGGGCAACAAGCGGAAGCUGGCGACGGCCGUGGCGCUCGUCGGGGACCCCGCCGUGGUCUUCCUGGACGAGCCCACCACCGGCAUGGACCCGCACGCGCGCCGCUUCCUCUGGGACAGCCUCCUGGCCGUGGUGCGCCGAGGCCGCUCCGUGGUGCUCACCUCGCACAGCAUGGAGGAGUGCGAGGCCCUGUGCACGCGCCUGGCCAUCCUGGUGAACGGGCGGUUCCGCUGCCUGGGCAGCGCGCAGCACCUCAAGGGCAGAUUCGGGGCCGGACACACGCUGACCCUGCGGGUGCCCGCGGAGCGACACGAGCAGGCGGCGGCCUUCGUGGAGGCAGCGUUCCCGGGGGCUCAGCUGCGCGAGGCGCACGGGGGCCGCCUGCGCUUUCAGCUGCCGCCCGGGGAGCGCUGCGCCCUGGCGCGCGUGUUUGGAGAGCUGGCGGCGCGGGGCGCCCAGUGCGGGGUGGAGGACUUCUCCGUGAGCCAGACCACGCUGGACGAGGUGUUCCUGCGCUUCUCCCAGGAUCAGGGCAAGGAGGAGGACCCCGCGCCGGGCCCGCAGCGCCCCACGCGCGUCCGCAGGUUCCUGGACAACCCCCGCACGAUGGAGACCGUGCUCUGAGCCUGCGUGCCGGCGGACAGGCGGCGGGGAGGACCUGGCGGGGUGGAGGGCCCAGGCGCCCGCGCUCGGGAAAUAAAG